GCAAGUUCAGAGUGCACAGUUUGCUGAAGAUUCCAAACAAACACAAUGGAUGAAGGCAGAGUCAGGGGAAGAGGAAUUCGAGUCAGAGGAGGGAGAAGAGCUGGCCAUGGAAGAAGAGGAGCAGGCCAACGAGGAAGAGGAGUUCAAAUCAGUGGAGGAAGAGGAGCAGGCCAACGAGGAAGAGGAGUUCAAAUCAGUGGAGGAAGAGGAGCAGGCCAACGAGGAAGAGGAGAAGGUCCAGGAGGGAGAGCAAGACAACCUCGCACCAUCAUUGACCAUGUCAUUGUCCAUGGCAUGACAAUGGCUGAAGCAGGACUACGAGUCCGUCCAAACCUGAGUAGGUUCACCGUGGCCACCAUUAUCAGGGCAUUCAGACAACACAACAGAGUUGAAAGAAUGCCACAUAGAGGUGGGAGGGUUGCCAUAUUUACAGCGGCACAAGAAACCCUCAUUGUGGAUAUGGUCCGUGAGAACAACCUCAUCAGACUCCGGGAGAUCAGAGACAAAGUCAUUGCCGAUAAUGUCAACUUUGAGAGCAUUGAUGUCAGCUUGGCCACAAUAGACCGUGUUCUCCGGAGCCAAAAGAUGCGGAUGAAACAGGUCUAUAGGGUUCCCUUUGAGCGCAACUCUGUGCGACACAAAGACCUACGUUACGAGUAUGUGCAUAGGAUAUUACAGUUGGACGUGAUGGCCAGACCUCAUGAGUACCUCUUCCUGGAUGAGGCUGGCUUCAACCUGCAGAAACGAAGGCAAAGAGGCCGUAACAUCAUUGGCCAAAGAGCCAUCACUGAGGUUCCUGGCCAGGGGGGGGGGGGGGGUAAUAUUACUCUUUGUGCAGCCAUUGGUUUGGAGGGGCUUGUCCACCGGCAUGCUGUCCUUGGGUCUUACAACACCCAACGUCUCCUCACCUUCCUAGAGGAGCUAAAAGACAUCCUCCUGGACCGCCAACAACACAAUCCUGGGCCCGCACAUCACAUUUGUGUGAUCAUUUGGGACAAUGUACGCUUCCACAAAACAAAACAAACCAAAUCAAAGUGGUUCACCACCAACAGUAACCACUUUUUAAAUGUUUGUCUGCCACCCUACUCCCCUUUCCUGAACCCUAUAGAGGAGUUCUUCUCAUCGUGGAGAUGGAAGGUUUAUGACAGACAACCAUACACUAGAGAGAACCUCCUAAGGGCAAUGGAGCUGGCCUGUGUUGACAUCCCAGUGGAGGCCUUUCAAGGAUGGAUUUGCCAUUCCAGGGUGUUUUUCCUGCAGUGCCUGGCAAGAGACAAUAUAGCCUGCGACGUGGAUGAGGUGAUGUGGCCCGAUGCAGCUCAGCGACAUGAUGCUGCACAGUGA